GCAUUUUGGAGCUGUCUUACUCAAGAAAACAAAAAAGAGACGAUGUUUGUAUGCGGCUUUAUUAACUUAAUGAUAUAUAUAUUUUUAUUGUAUUUUUACUUUGUUUGCAAACUGAUAUGUGACACAUUAAUGCCAAAUAACAUGCAAAACAGGAAAGUCCUCCCCAACAACAACAAAAAUGUGAAGCUCAAAAGAGCCCCACCUGCCCUGACUGACGGUCGCCACUGCUUAUAUUAUAACUUUUGCUGGUAGUAGGGCGGUGUGACAGACAGAAAGAGAGUGAGUGCAGAUAAUGUUACAUGCCGACGAGAGGGAUUCAAUCAGGAGAGGCGCACGGUUGGCUCAAUUUGGGAUUCGAACUGGCUUUGGUAGACAGGGGUGCCACGAAGAAACGAGGUUAGCUAGCACCUCGUAGAUGGUCUUAUUUUCAAAAUGAGGUUAAGAGUUGGAUUUAUUCUUCGCAGUGUAAUAGUUAUUGCCACAUUCUUAGGGCUUGUGGUGCUUUGGUCUUCCCUUUCGCCGAAAGAGCACGACGAAAAUCCCUUUGCUAAACGGGAGGGAGAUGCCUCUAACCUCUUGCCUAAGAAUGACAUUGCUGACCAGUUCAAACCCGUGGUCCCCUGGCCCCACGUGGAAGGGGUCGAGGUGGACCUGGACUCCAUCCGACAGAAGAACAGAGGAGACGACAAGCUGGUUCCUGGCAAACCAGCCGGCGGUGCUCAGAACCAGCAGAAUGUCAUCCAGAAACAAUAUGUCACCUUCAAGCCCCACACCAAUGUCUACUCGGCACCCGUCCUAAGGAAGGGGACCCUGGGGAACUUUGAGCUCAAGGAGCCGGAGCCCCACGGGGUGCAGGAUGGGCCUGGGGAGGGGGCGAAGCCGUUCGUUCUGGGAGCGGAGUACCACGAGGCCGCCCAGGCCAGCAUUAAGGAAUUUGGCUUCAACAUGGUGGCCAGCGACAUGAUCUCCCUAGACAGGACCAUCAGUGACAUUCGCCAUGAAGAGUGUAAGUACUGGCACUAUGACGACAACCUGUUGACGUCCAGUGUCAUCAUCGUGUUUCACAACGAGGGCUGGUCCACCCUGAUGAGGACAGUCCACAGCGUCAUCAAGAGAACGCCCAGACGAUACCUGGCCGAGAUCGUCAUGAUCGACGACUUCAGCAACAAAGUGCACCUGAAGGAGAGACUAGAAGAAUACAUUAAGCAGUGGAACGGCCUGGUCAAACUGCACCGCAAUGAGAAGCGAGAGGGCCUCAUCCAGGCUAGGAGUAUAGGAGCCCAUGUAGCCACCCUGGGACAGGUUCUUAUCUAUUUAGACGCUCACUGUGAAGUCGCUGCCAACUGGUACGCCCCUCUGGUGGCCCCCAUAUCCAAGGACAGAACGGUGUGCACGGUCCCUCUCAUAGACUCCAUAGAAGGCCAGACAUUCCGAAUUGACCCACAAGGGGGAGGGGACGAGGAUGGCUUUGCCCGCGGCGCAUGGGACUGGAGCAUGCUCUGGAAGCGUGUGCCCCUCAGUAGCAGGGAGAAGGAGAAGAGAUUAACUAAAACUGAGCCCUAUCGGUCUCCUGCCAUGGCUGGGGGUCUGUUUGCCAUUGAGAGGGACUUCUUCUUUGAGCUGGGCCUCUAUGACCCAGGACUGCAGAUCUGGGGAGGGGAGAACUUUGAGAUAUCCUAUAAGAUCUGGCAGUGUGGUGGCCAGCUGCUCUUUGUGCCGUGCUCCCGCGUGGGCCAUAUCUACCGCCUACAGGGCUGGCAGGGCAACCCACCCCCUGCCCAUGUUGGCUCCUCGCCCACACUUAAGAACUAUGUGCGUGUGGUGGAGGUUUGGUGGGACGACUACAAGGACUACUUCUACGCAAGCCGGCCGGAGACCCUCACCCUGGCCUACGGGGACAUCAGCCAGCUCAAGAAGUUCAGAGAGGAGCACCGCUGCAAGAGCUUCAAGUGGUUCAUGGAAGAAAUUGCCUAUGACAUCCCCAUGAACUAUCCACUGCCCCCCAAAAACGUGGAGUGGGGAGAGGUCCGUGGAUAUGAGACCAGCUACUGCAUUGACAGUAUGGGCCACACCAACGGAGGCAACGUGGAGAUUGGACCCUGUCACAGAAUGGGUGGGAACCAGCUUUUCAGGAUAAAUGAAGCCAACCAGCUCAUGCAGUAUGACCAGUGUUUGACGAAAGGACCAGACGGGUCGGCGGUGAUCGUUACACACUGUAACAUGAACGAGAACACCGAGUGGAGAUACUUCAAGGACCUCCACAGGUUCACCCACGUCCCCACGGGGAGGUGCCUGGACCGGUCGGACAUCCUCCACAAGGUCUUCAUCGCAGACUGUGACACCAGCAAAAGCACACAAAAGUGGGAGAUGAACAAUAUUGUAGCGGUUUAAAGCUACGGCCCCACAGAGGGUACAUUACUCCUACUGGAACUCACUCGACAGGAUAGAGCAUCGAACACUGCACUUCAACUGUCUGCUGCAUUGAGAGGUUGUGUACGUCCAAAAUGGCACACUAUUUCCCUAUAUAGUGCACUACUUCCAGAGCCCUAUGGGCAGGGGUGUCAAUUGUGUAUGACAGUCAACAUACACCAACCAUUUUAAAAUGGUGGAAAGACUGUCUGGCUAGAGCACAUUGAUCUGAGGCAGCUUUUGUCUUAAAACAGUGCGGAGGUAGAAGAUUGCUGUAGAUGGCUAUGACACUGCACUUUUGACUUUACAUGGAACUUAACUCAUUUUUAAUCUCGGUGCUGAGCUAGUGCUUAGCAGCUAAUUGCUGUAUGACAUGUUUGUAGAAAGUGAAGUCCCUUAUUGACUGGGGAAUGAAGCUACAACUAAGGUUAAGGUGAUAAUGGCUGGAGUCAAUUUUGCUUGUUUUCGCUGUCUCCAAAUAGCUUUUUAGAGUUGAAAUUGUGUAGGUUUAACUGAAAUGACACCAAUACCUAAGGGCCCUGGUCAAAAGCAAUGCACUAUAUAGGGGAUACUGUGCUCUCUCAACCAUGUCCCACGGAAGAUACUCCUCCCUACACACACUGGACCUUUUUUCAGUUGUAGAUGUUUACAUGUUCUUGCUCUCUUCUCUCGAUCUUUACAUCUUAUUGGGGUCUUUGGGCUAUUACUCAGGGGUCUGAGAAUUUUUCUAACUUUAAAAAAACAUUGGUGGAGGAUUCAUUAAUCAAUGUGCAGAAUUGAACAUUCAACAAAUCGAAACCACUUCUAGUAGUCGUGUAAUAAACUGCCCACUAGCUAGGAUUUUAAGAAUAGUAUGUUUUUGAAAACUGCAAUGGAUUAUAACCUGGUCUCAGAUCUGUUUGUACAAUGACCCAUAGGUGUUUAAUUGGCAAGAAAGCACAAACAGAUCUGGGACCAGGCUAGAUGGAUAAGUCCACUCAUGAGUCAUGGUCAAGAAUGAACACUGGAUGUUUUGAAAGGACUUACUACUUCAAUGAUGUUGGUCUUAGGCAGAGUGAAAUUCCAAAAGCUUGAAUUUAACAUGUUUGCUCUAACUGGUGAAUUUCAAAUGGCUAUAUAAAGAAAGGGUCUGUGUUUUUAUAUAUUUCCAGCUUGGUAUGUAAAUGUUGUUGAAUGAUGACUACAAAGCAACCAGAAUCAGACACCAAUUUGUUCAAAGCAAAAUUAAGAAAAUGUGUUUUCUUUGGGGUAUGAUGUGAUAUGUAUGCAUUUUUUAUAAUGUAAAUAGGUUUGUUUCUAAAAGAGCUAUGCAGUGAGCCUUGGAUGAAGGUGUACAUAUCUAACUUAUAAAAACAUAGUGGCUCGAACUGCACUCAUGGCAAUAAAUUUAACCUUUUUACCAAUGA